AAGCAGAUCGGGUAAUGACAGAGCCUAAUCGACUGCUGACUGCGCCGAUAUCAAUGACGUCAUUAUGCUAGCGUGCCUCAAAAUCACGUGACGGGCGCAUUUGAAACAAGCCUCGAAGCGGCGCUUUGAGCUCCAGUGUUUCGAAAGCUCGACACAGUGUCGAAACCUCAGAAUUGAGCGGACCAUCACUAUUGACUGGUCAUUCAGGUGGAAGACACGGGACGAGAAAGAUAACAAGGAGGCCACAGUCACUAGUUUUCCAGUAUGGAGAAGAUGAGUCCAACUGUCCAGGGACCUCGACAUGAGACACACAAAUAUGAAGAGGGGGUCUCAGAAGUUCAGAGGGACAAGGAGGAGACAAAUCCCACACUACCCUGGGGCCUUCUUUUGAUGAAUGGAAUUGAAGUUAAUGCAGAGCACUGUAUAUGGAGGUCUGGACAUCUAGAACAGAAGUGUGUCUGCAUAAAAGUGGAGGAGGAGGAGGAGGACUAUGAUAGUGGACCUUUAGACUUUACAGUAGACUCUGAGCUGAUGUCUUAUAUUGCUAAGCUGAAAAAAGAAACUGUUGACAGUUUGAAGGAAGAAGACCUCAAGCAGGGGUCUGACAGGAAGUGUGUUAAUCCAGAUGAAGAGGGUCCUGGUUUAGGAUGCACACUGCGUGGACACUGCUCCAUACCGCAUCAUUCUGUCAAUGCGACACCAGAAUCUGACAUGAAUCUGACAGGCUCAAGUCCUUCUGGAGAAGGUGAGACUCGUCAAACUUGGCACACUGACAGGUACUCCACCCUGCACUGGACCAACUGUGGUGGUCACGUGAACCAGAGAGAAAAAGAAAAAGCUGCUGUACGCUAUAACAUCUCGAUGGAUGUGAAACAGGAGACCUGUGAUGUUGACACAAAUAUCAUGGAGGUAGCUUUAAAUAUUAAGGAGGAGGACUGUGAAUGGGAGUCCAUCUACACUAAACGGGAAAGUCUGAGCAUCAAGGAUGAGGACAGUGAACUGCAGUCAGUGGGCAUUAAAGAAGAACCUGAAGAGAAGUCUGUCAGUAUUGAGAUGCAUAACCAUGAAAAUAUGAGUGUUGAGGAAGACCUUCUUCAUGAUGAGUUUCAAGAUGGAGUGGUGACAGGGUCAGACUCUUCUCAAAGCAGACAAUGUUCAUCUCCAGAGCCUUCUGUCAAUGUGAAGUCUGAAUCAUUAGAGUCUGAUGCAAAGAGGGCUGAGGAAUCUACAUCUGUUAGAACUCGGGAAAAUCAGCCACCACCUACAAGGAAGUCUGGAAAAAGAAACAAAGAUCACUGCAAUGUGGAAUGUGGCAGAGAAUUCUCUGGCAGGAGUGCUCUUCAGAACCAAACUAGAGUUCACAUUGGACAGAAGCCGUAUUGCUGUAAUGAAUGUGGUAAACAGUUUUCACAUAUAGGCAGUCUUCAGAGACACACUAGAGUUCACACCGGAGAUAAGCCGUAUUGCUGUAAUGAAUGUGGUAAACAGUUUUCACAAAUAAGCCACCUUCAGAAACACGCUAGAAUUCACACAGGAGAGAAGCCAUAUUACUGUAGUGAAUGUGGUAAACAGUUUUCAAAUAUAAGCAAUCUGAAGGACCACACUAGAGUUCACACUGGAGAAAAACCGUUUUGCUGUAAUGAAUGUGGUAAGCAGUUUUCAAAUAUAAGCAAUCUGAAGGACCACACUAGAGUUCACACUGGAGAGAAGCCGUAUUGCUGUAAUGAAUGUGGUAAACAGUUUUCACAUAUAGGCAGUCUUCAGAGACACACUAGAGUUCACACUGGAGAUAAGCCGUAUUGCUGUAAUGAAUGUGGUAAACAGUUUUCACAAAUAAGCCACCUUCAGAAACAUGCUAGAAUUCACACAGGAGAGAAGCCGUAUUACUGUAGUGAAUGUGGUAAACAGUUUUCACAUAUAGGCAGUCUUCAGAGACACACUAGAGUUCACACUGGAGAGAAGCUGUAUUGCUGUAAUGAAUGUGGUAAACAGUUUUCACAAAUAGGCAACCUUCAAACACAUGCUAGAAUUCAUACAGGAGAGAAGCCGUAUUGCUGUAAUGAAUGUGGUAAACAGUUUUCAAAUAUAGGCAAUCUGAAGGACCACACUAGAGUUCACACUGGAGAGAAGCCGUAUUGCUGUAAUGAAUGUGGUAAACAGUUUUCACAUAUAGGCAGUCUUCAGAGACACACUAGAGUUCACACUGGAGAGAAGCCAUAUUGCUGUAAUGAAUGUGAUAAACAGUUUUCACAAAUAAGCCACCUUCAGAAACACGCUAGAAUUCACACAGGAGAGAAGCCGUAUUACUGUAGUGAAUGUGGUAAACAGUUUUCACAAAUGAUCAGUCUUCAGAGCCACACUAGAGUUCACACUGGAGAGAAGCCGUUCUGUAAUGAAUGUGGUAAACAGUUUUCACAAAUAAGCCACCUUCAGAAACACGCUAGAAUUCACACAGGAUAGAAGCCGUAUUUCUGUAAUGAAUGUGGUAAACUGUUUUCACAAAUAGGCCACCUUCAGAGACACACAAGAGUUCACAACAGAAUAAAAACCGUAGCAGUUCAAUAAUCAGUCCAGAAAAACUAGAACCCUUCAGGAAUCCAGAGUGAGGUUCAGUCCUAUCCUGAAAAGUAAGCAAACUAUAUUAUUGUUUUCGAAACUUCUCUCUGAGAGAAGCCAUAUUGCUGUUUGGAAUGUGGCAAACAAUUCUGUCAGAGGAGUUCUCUUCAGAGAUGCACCAGAAUUCAUGCCGGAAAAGCAUAACUGAAGUGUCCUGACUAAAGAGUGAGAUUCUCUCCUGCCUGGACAGUAAGCACAUGUAACUGACUGAAUCCAUCCUAAGUGGUGGUGUGUCAAAAAUAAAUCAACACAGAGGAGAAUCAGAAGUUUAUAUCCUUUUUCCUUUUCCAGAAACAAAGUAAAGAACAGGGUGUCAUACAAACCGCUUCUCGCCAAAGGCUCUACAGCCUCCACCAUGCGUCUAGCUCUGUUUUCAUAACAUACAUACUACAUAUAGACCUAUUACAAUAUAUUAUACAUAUUUCAUCAGAAAAAAAUCUUACAAUGUACAAAGACUCGCACAAUAAUAGUUCAGCUUUAUAAUAUAACCGACCACAGAUGGACUACAUUCAGAUAAAAUCAAAGUAUGUUAUCUUCCCUUACAUCUCACUUUUAUAACAGUUGUUCACAGCAUAGUGUUAAAAUGGUAUUACAGCCUGGGAAAGGAAGACUGAGCCAUGUCUCAGGCUGUUGAUUACUUUAUGGAUUGACAUCAGGGACAACAAUUUGGUUUACAGCAUGGGAAAGGAUGACAUGAGGCAAUAUCAAAGAACUUUAUUAUCUGGGAAGAGUGAGCAAAAUUCAUCCAUCAUAUUGACAGCCAGCCAAUCAGGUGCAUGUGUUCUGAAACCACGGCGUGACAUUUCAUAAUAAAUAUGCCUCAUUUGAAAGCAAUGUCAGAAGAAGAAAGUGAGGAUGUAAGGAAGGAAGGAGGGAGGAAGAAGAACGGACGAAGAUGUCACUGGUCGUCAGAAAAGCAUCAUGAACAUCAAUUGCUAAAUCAAACGCCGCCCUGAGACAUUCAUCCUUGUCAUCUCUACUUUUUUUCGUAAGCUUUUUCUAAAGACAUAUAUAUAUAUAUAUUCAGACUUUCCUAUCAGUACCUAUUUUCUAUUAUUCUUUGUUCCAGUGGUAUUAUUCUUGUAAUAAAUACCAUGCUGCUUUUAACCCUCUAUGCUUUGUCUUAAUGUCUAGAGUGAUUGAAGUAAUAAGUUAGAUUUCUUUGAGCACCUGGAGCAGCUGGACAUUUGCCAUUAUUUCUGUGCUGCGGGGUUUUAAGGCUGAGAGUGAGAGCUCCACUCAAUAGUAGGGACAGUACGAGAAGAAGGUAUUCUUUGCUGAUAAAUGGCCUAUAUUCAAGAGUGCUGAGUCUUUGUAUGUUUAAAUGUAUUCUUGUAGACCAGG